AUGUCGUUGAUGGAUUUUGGAAAUGAAACUGACGAAAUAAUGAUAGGGCAAAAGCCCACUGUUUGGCAAACUUGGGGUAUCGGCCUGACUAUCGUAACGAUUACGGCAAUCGGACCAUCAAUUUGUAUCACAAUUGUGCCAUUUCUGAGCAAAACACUUUAUGAACUCUUUAUGACAUUACUUGUGGCUUUUGGCAUUGGAACACUUUCUGGCUCAACAUUAUACGUACUUUUACCGGGGGCACUUGAUUUAAAUAUCAUGGAGCAAAGUUAUUACAAAACAAAAAUUUCUAUAUUACUUGUAGUACUGUAUGCAUUUUUUGCAGUGGAUCGAAUUUUAGCUUAUGCUUUGCAUUUUCGAAAAAUGCGAUUAAAAGGGCAAAAGGUUCAUCAAUCAACGUUGAAUAAAAUUUUGAAAAAAAACAAAAAUUUAAAUCAAACAAUGGUAACAGAAGACAACUUUAUGGCAGCUCGAAUUAUAUUAGCAAACGAUAAUAAUAAUGGUAGCAGUGAAAAUGAUGACCUGAAAUAUUAUGAAUUGGAUAAGGAUCGCCUAAAGAGUGAAUUGGAUGCCGCAAUGGUUAGCAAUAUGAUUUCAAGAAAGAUGUCAUGCAAACUUCAGACGACUGUACUAACAGUACUGGAUGAUAAUAAUAAGACUUCGAUAGAAAAUGGUUCAAACUGCAAAAAUAAGGAUCGAAAUGAUGAGGUAUCGGUGAAUGUGGAUGUGGUAGAGAAGAAAGUACUGAAUCCAUCAGAACUCGAUGUAGCAACAGUUGCCUGGAUGAUAAUGUUCGGUAGUUUGAUGAAUAAUUUCGUUGAUGGUAUGAGUAACGGUGCUGCAUUUGCGAAUUCGUUGGCACGUGGUUUUUCUGUUGGUAUCGCAGUGAUCGCUCAACAACUUCCACAAGAGAUCGGAACGUUGGCAAUUUUAAUUCAAUCAGGACUUGGAUUCAAACGAACUCUUUUACUAAACUUAUUACCAAAUUCGCUUAGCUAUUUGGGCUUUGUAGUUGGUGUAUUAAUUGGUAAUGCGGAUGAUUCAUACGGAAAUUAUGUCUUCGCCGUAUCAUCCGGAAUGUAUUUAUACGUUUUUCUUGGUACUUUGAUUCCGGAAAUUCGUGAUUCGGUAAAUGAGCAAAUCAAAGUGGACUUGAAAAAAAGUAUUCAAUCAACAAUUUUACAAGCUGUUGGCGUGGAUACAUGGGGAAGUUUUAGUUUAACUCUGAUCGAUUCAUUGGAUACGCUGCUUAUUAUGGGUAAUGAAACGGAGUUCAUGCGUGCUUCUGAAAUUAUUCUUCGUACCGUUAAAGUUGAUAUGAAUGUCAAUGUAUCAGUGUUUGAAACUAACAUACGGGUAAUCGGUGGACUAAUAAGUGCUCAUAUGCUUUCUGGACGAGUGAAAGGAAUGGCGUUAGAACCGGGAUGGCCCUGCUCGGGACCUUUGCUACGAUUAGCCGAAAGGUUUGCUCAAAAGCUGGUACCUGCUUUUAAAUCUGGUACUGGAAUGCCUUAUGGAACAAUUAAUUUAAGACAUGGCCUUCAUAAGAAUGAAACACCAAUAACAUGUACUGCUGGUGUUGGCACAAUGCUGCUGGAAUUUGGGACUUUGUCCCAUAUUACUAAUCUUCAAUGCAAAUUUGGUAAGGUUUCAACAAAUGUAUUAUUUUUGGGUAAUCCGUAUUACGAACAAGUAGCUUUGAAAGCUCUGGAUGCUCUAUGGAAAUUACGUUCACCAUUAAAUUUGGUUGGAAAUCACAUUAAUGUGGAAACUGGAGAAUGGACUGCAACAGAUGCUGGUAUUGGUGCUGGUGUGGAUUCAUACUUUGAGUAUCUCGCGAAAGCUGCUUUACUAUUUCAGCGUCCUGA